AUGAGCUCUAUACAAAAUAAGUUUAGCAGUGAACAUUACUUAAAUAAUCCCAAAUAUACACUGGAGCAAUUCAACAAUCUUGCUAGUUGUGUCACAUCUAUAUUAAGCUCUGUCGAUGUCGAAAUUGCUGCUUCAUACCAAUAUUGCAAUAGCAAGAAUAAAAGCAAAGAGAUCAAAGCAUUUGCCAAAUUAUCUGGGAAUAAUUGGACUUAUUUUAUUAAGACUUUAAAAGUUAGUAUUGGUAGAAAUACUGAUAAGAUUGAUGAUGUAAGAGGAAUGGCCGCAUUUGAUACUGAUGCACCUAACAUUACCACAGAUUUGAAUGGCUCUACUAUUGAUUUAGGUCCUGCAAAGACUGUUUCAAGAAAACAUGGUAUAAUCGAAUUCAACAGGGAAACUGGUAAUUGGGAUUUAAUCAUUACAGGACGUAAUGGUGCUAAAUUGAAUUACAAAAAAAUUAAGACACAUAAUUUAAAUAAAAGAAUACCUUUGAGUUGCGGUGACGUCAUCGAUAUGGGUGGAAUACAAAUGAUUUUCAUCCUACCAGAUCAAAUGCCAAUUAUAAAUUCAACCUGUUUAACACAUUUCAUUCCCAAAUUGGUAACAAUAUAUGGAUUAAAUGGUAAUAAUAAUCCAUUAAUUCAAGAUUUAAUUAAGGAGUCAAGUUAUGUUAAAGAACAAAUAAAAACUGGCCACUUACAAAAUAUACCUGUAUUAGAUAAUAUUUUAUUAGAAAACCAACGAUUUUCACCUAUUGAAGUAGCUGAAAAAAUAACUGAAAUCAAAAAUGAAGACGAUCAAGAAUUAGAUUCAAAGGCAGAUGAGACAAUAGCAUUAAUUACCACAUCUACAGACCCUAUAGCGCCACUAUCGCCAGAACACAAAGGUAACGUAUUGGAAUAUAACACGCUUAAAAGAAAUUUACCUGUAGGAACCGAUAGAUUGCCUAAGAAAUUUCAAAUAUCUUCCAUUUCUAGUGACAAACAAUACGGUCCCAAAUCUACACAGGUAACUGAACCGCAACCAAUUGUUCGUCCUGAAGCAUCAUCUCUACAUACUGUGACAGAUUCAAAUAAAUCCAACUCACAAAGUUUUAGUUUACAGACAGUAAUACCACCUUUACAACCUAGAUCUGAAUCAUUAAACAAUAAAAAGGAAAUACGAAAAGAAGGAACACCUAGCGAUGGUGAUAACGAUCAGACAGCUAAAGCUCAAAGCAAAGCUCCAUUACCAUACGGUACUCUAAUAACGCAAGCCAUAUUAUCUACUGAGGUUGGGGUUAUUUCAUUAUCUGAUAUUUAUGAAUUUUUAUUAAAAAAUUAUGAAUAUUUUAGAAUUACAACAGCAGAUUGGCAGAAUUCUGUUAGACAUACAUUAUCUCUAAAUUCAGCAUUCCAGAAGAUUCCAAAAAAAAAAAUAUCAUCCAAGGGGAAAGGCAUGGUAUGGUGUAUUGAUAGAGAGUAUAGAGCUGAAUUUCUGAAAAAAUGGGAAAAGGGAUAUGCAAAUAAGAGUAAAAAAAAUGCUGCUGUAGAUAAACAGUUACUCAUUCAUAUGUCAACUCAUAAGUUUAUUCCAGAACCAUAUGAUAACGAAAUCAGACCCCAUGAAAUUAGAACACAAGAUAUGUCCCAGGCAAAGGGGAUCGCAGAUGAAGUACAACAACAGUAA